AUGUCUGCCAAACGGAAGCGUAACGAUCAACGAGCUGAGCGUGAGUCUCUGGCAACUAAGAUUGAUUCUUUUGGGGACACCAUGCCCGUUCCUUGUACCGAGUUUACUCGGUUAAAGCGGGCCAUCGAUCAGACUAAGUCCGAGGAGCAGAUGGUAUUAGAUUUGCUUCAGAAGAAUAUGAGUCGUCUUCAACGUAUGCGCAAGCAACGAGAUUUGUUGCGUCGUCGGGGUAGCUUGAUGAUUUCCAAGAAGGCGAAGACUGUUGAGGACUUGGAAGAGAUUGAGCGACUCGAGGCUGCUCGCGAGACUAGGGAUGCCGUUGACCCUGAGAGCGAGGGCUGUAAUCGGCAUGCAAAGCGCUUGCGUGGCGAGUCCUCAGCUAAUACCGCUGCGGGUCCUGCUGAUGUGGGUUCCCCCGGGGCUGGUUCUACUGCGCCUCCUGAGACGUCGGAGCCGGUGGAUUUCGCGCGGAUGCCUGCCUUCUGGGAGGUUGAUCCGUUUCCUAGCGAAUUUGAUGUGUCGGCUUUAGACGGUCUGGAUUUCGGCGGUGGAAUUCCUUAA